AUGGCCUCCACUCGUUGCAGUGGAGGGAGGCCGCCGAUGCCGGACCUCGGGAAGCAGUGGCAGGCAUGGGAAGCUCCUGAACGAGCGAAUCACGGGGAGGAGUGGGCAGACCACGGGAGCCGGUGGGUGGGAUGGCGCACCUUCUGCAGGACGCCGACCAGCUGCGACACGGGCUCGUCGCCGCCGAGGACGGUGGUGCAGCUGGGCGUGCACUCCACCGAGGACCUGGCGACGUACAGCGUGAGCCUCGAGGACGGCUUCAACCUGGCGACGGUGGUCACCCCGCUGUUCAGCGGCGGCGGGCAGUGCCUGGCGCUGGGCUGCCCGCUGAACCUCACCGACGGGUGCCCCGUGGAUCAGGUCAAAAUCGACGACUGCCGCAUCAUGGUGGCGUGCAAGGGGGACCCCGGCUACUUCAAGCGGUGGUGCCCGCUGACGCGGGUGAACAAUACCGACCGUGAGCCACUGCCACAGAGCUGCAUCGCGCCCCGCGAGCUCAAGGUCGUCUUCUGCCAGACGAAGCUCGCCCAUCUGACCAUGCUCCGCUCCCGCAGCUUCUCCAGCAGCCGCCCAAGGUACUUCUUCUCCAGCAGCAGGUCGCCGCCGGCCGCCUCGCUGGUGGCGCCCAUCUUCCUGAAGAACCUUGCCACCUCCUCCUUGCUCUCGUUGCCCGCGCCGCCGUGCUGCUGCACCACCUCCGCCGCCGACAGCACCUCGGCGUCCUCCGCCAACCGCACCAUCUUUGCCAUGAACGACUGGAUCAUGUGA